GACUGUUACCUGAAUAUGCUGUGCACGGAAGUUUCGGAGCAGGUCCCAAAGAAAAGAGUGGUUCAUUUUGUCAGCUCACUCAUGUCAUCCAUAGUCUCUGGCACAUACAAAAUAAGCCCAAAGAGAGGGUUUCGACACAAACUCAGUAAUUACGAGAAUGUGAUUGGAAUUUUUGGUCGGGCAGGACAUUGGACGCUUAUAAUUGCUGAUAUUCCUUCUUUGACAAUAUACUUUUACAAUCCUUGUGGUGAGGAAAAGACUGAAGAAAACCACAUUCUCUUACACUGGAAGGAGUUUAUCCAGCAGUACAACAAGAUAAACACUGAAGAACUUUCAACAGAAUGGACAAUUACUUCAAAGGCCCACACAUUGCAAGAAGAUAGUUAUAACUGUGGAGUGUUUUGCUUGCUGUUUGCAGACAAGCACAUUAAAAAUGAACUUGGGGAUGGAGCAUAUCACAGCACAUGACUUGAUGAAAUGCAGAAGGCGUGUAGCUGAAAAAGUUAUGGUGUUUGAAGACUUUAUGACUGACUGCUGCCCGAAAUGUGGUUUUGUUAUAGAGGAUGACAACAAGAUGCAAUGCGGGAAUUGCAGAAGGAUGUACCAUUUCAAACCAUACUGUAUUGAAGAUUCAGUUUUAGAAAUGCAAGACGAAGACGAGAACUUUACUUGCAAACUAUGUGCUUUGAAUUUUUGGCCCAAAAUACACCCACAAGUAACCAAAGAGGCCUCUUUAGAACAUACAGUUCAUUGGACUAGCAAAGAUGAGAUACAGAAGAAAUUAAAGGAACGCAGACAGUUAGACACUGAUGUCGUGUUUAUUGACAAUAUAGAAACAUCAACAGGCUCGGGGGACUGGUCUGCAAAGCAAACAAAAGUUGAUGAAAAGACAUCUCCAGUAUUCAGCCACAGGAAGACGAGACUUCUUAAAAGGAAGAGACAAAGGUCCUCAUUCAUAUAUCCCCCAGUUACAAAGAAAAGCAGAACAUAUUGUGUAUGUAAUACAGUUGAUGAUGGCAGAUUGUACUGGAAUUGUGACUUGUGUGAAAAAUGGUAUCAUCCGAGCUGUCUUGGCCGCGAUGACAAGGAGGAACCAGAGGUGUUUGUCUGCAACACUUCUGUCUGUAAAAGAGUAUUAGAAUCUGCAGAGGGAUUUGAACUGACAUCAUUGCUGUACUCCUGUAGAUGGUGUUGAAAAAAACUUGCAGGAAAUGCAAUAUUCAAAACAGGAUGCUGAAAGAAAAGGAGAACAGGAUGACACUAAAAGAAAAGGGGAACAAGAUGACAAAGCUGUCACAUAUGCUAUUCCAGAUAUAAUAAAAAGGUUGGAUGAAGAAGAAGAUGCACCAGAUGAGAGUGACUACUUUGUUGAUGCAGAGACUGCUUGUAAACAU